CAGGUUGUCGCGCUCAUCAGUGUGCUACGUGUCUCAAGCUCUCUAUUUAUGCAUGUAUGUAUGUCUACAGACACACACAUGUGUUUGUGUGUGUGUGAAAAUGGAUCACUUUCUUUCGGCCGCUGGCAUACAGGGGCACGUGGCAUACAUGCGGAUGACCGCACUCAAUUGCACAUGUACAGUAGAUGUGUCGAGUUACGACAAACUGGCACAGCACUGGCAACUUCAGCUGUAGCCGGUGCCUUAUUUAAAUUAUAUGAAUAUGUGAAUGAUCGCGUCAAGGUCUGCCUGGAGGGUUGUGUCGAGUUGGGGGAGGGGAGCAGCCCCCUCUCUCCCCACACCUCGCGCUCUCCCUCCUCUGAUUGGCCAUCUGUAUCAAGAAGUUUACAAUCUCCUGGCCCCCCCCCCCUUCUACUGCUCUGGCUCUCUCCCUCCCAGGGGUGUUGGCCGCCUUGUUUGUUGGCAGGACGGGCUCUGGAGCAGGCGAUAAGCCCGAUUCGCGUCAGUCACCACGGACACCCGAUUUCCGGCAUCAAGUCGUCUUCCAUAAAGAUCGUCUUCUCGUCAGGACGUUGA